CAAUCAUCAUGGUUGUACCUUCAGUGUCAUUACAAUUUUCGUUUGGUUCACAGUAAGUGUGUGGCUUCUGACCCAAAAUUGGGCAGUAUUGUGGAGGAGAAAAACCAAAUAUAGAAAUUGCAUGACGAGUCACAGCUCUGCCAGUGCCUUCCCCCAAUAUCUGGACAACUUUUGGACCAUCUUUCGUAACCAAACCGUAGUGUGAUAAGGGUACUCAAUGGAGCAGGAACUGGACCUAUCCUACCAGCAUGUCGACUCCCAACUGGACCUGCAGUGCGAUCUCGAUCUGUCGGAGAUGCGGGGCAGCGGUGGCUCCAAUCACUACUCGGAGGGCUCCGAGCCGGACCUGGACCGCUCCUGCUGGAUAUGCUUCGCCAACGAGGAGGACAACCGGCGGGCCAAGUGGGUGCAGCCGUGUCGCUGCCGUGGCGCCACCAAGUGGGUGCACCAGAGCUGCCUGUACCGCUGGAUCGACGAGAAGCAGCGUGGCAAUCAUCGCACUUCGGUGCUGUGCCAGCAAUGUCAGACGGAGUACAUCAUCGUGUUUCCCCGGAUGAAUCCCGUGGCCGGAGCGCUGGAGUGGCUGGACUACACGGUGCGGAGGACGUGUCCCUAUUUGGCGGCCGGGGUGUUCAUGUGCUGCGUGUACUGGACGGCCAUCACCUACGGGGCCGUUACCGUCUUCCAGGUGGUGGGCCAACGGCGCGGCCUGGAGCUCAUGGAAAACGAGGUGUUCCUGCUGGUGGGUCUGCCCUUCAUCCCGGUGGGCCUGGUCCUAUCCCGGCUGGUCAGGUGGGAGGAUGCCGUGCUGCGGGUCAUGCGGAGUAGGUACAACAUCCUGAGGAAGCUGCCCUUCUUCAGUUGGGCCGGCGAACCGGAAACGGAUUUGGCUGCUCUGGGGGGCAGUUCCAGCAGCUUGAUACCGCUGCACAACAUACCGGCCAUAUCGGAACCCAUCAACAUCUCCCGGCUCUUCUGCGGAGCCGUCUUCCUGCCCACCGUGGCCACCGCCAUGGGGAAUCUGUUCUUCAAGGGAAUGGAGGAUCCGCUGCAUCGCACCAUCCUCGGCGGGAUCUCCUACAUCGGGGCGAAGGGCCUGCUGAAGAUCUACCUCCGCCAGAAGCUCUACGUCCGUCGCCGGAAUCGUCGCAUUGUCAACUACACCGACGAGAAUGUGAGGAUCUACAUGGGUGGCCAGGUGCGGGAGGCACCUGCCCAGGGUCCCCAGAAUCCCCAGAUUCAAGGCAAUCCAAACUCCUCAGCGGGAAACCGCCGACAAUUCGCCGGCUAUGACGAGCACUACGAGGACAGCUCUAGUGUGGUCACCACGGGAUCCGAGGGUGGUGACCCCGACAGCGAGAGCCCCGUCGUAAUCCAACCCGAUGGGAGCGUUCGCAUCGUCGUCCACCUGGAGGCUCCUUCACUGGACUAGUCGGAGUCUGAAUAACAUAUAUACACAGUAUUCCUUGGGCUAAGGUUACCCAGAAUCCAAAUUUUCGUGAAGCAAUAAUUUUAUAACAUCAUUGGGUAAAUUAGGCGUAUCUAUACCUUUUAUUCAGGUUCAUUUUUUGGAAUACCUACAAUCUGGAAAGUUAACCCAAGAUUCCACGAAAAUUUAUACAAAACAAUCGACUUGUUAUCAAAUUUGCAUGUUAUUUAAUUUUAUAUUUUUCGUUAAACUCGUUCAAAAUAAAC